CUACGUAUAGUCGGUCGCUACCAUUGGUUUGACGGUAUGUGGAAAGUAGGAAUGUCGGAGGAGGUUGGAAAGGCGUUACAAGCGGUGGUGGACAGGGUCAACCAGGCAGCGGCACGUCGCCCCAAGACGCUGCCGGCUGUGGCUCCACGCCUGGUGGCCGUCAGUAAGACCAAGCCUCCAGAGAUGGUGAUUGAGGCGUACCGACAGGGACAGCGCAACUUCGGGGAAAACUAUGUAAAUGAGCUGGUGGAUAAAGCUUCCAAUGUUCAGAUUUUAGAGUCGUGCCCAGAAAUUAAGUGGCAUUUUAUCGGACAUUUACAGAAGAAUAAUGUCAACAAACUUCUGGGUGUUCCUAACCUGUUCAUGGUGGAGACAGUGGACUCGGCCCGGCUAGCAGACAGGGUGAACAGCUCGUGGCUGCGGCUCAGAGCAGGAGGCAGCACACUUAACAUCAUGGUGCAGAUCAACACCAGCGGGGAGGACAGUAAGCACGGGCUACCCCCAGAGCAGACCCCCGACACAGUGAGACACGUCCUGACCCGCUGCUCUGGCCUGCACUUUUCUGGGCUCAUGACCAUCGGUCGCUACGGAUACGACAUCACAGAGGGGCCCAACCCAGACUUCCAGAUGCUGUUGAGUCGGCGACAGGAAGUGUGCGACAGUCUAAAGCUUCCCCUGGAGGAAGUGGAGCUCAGCAUGGGCAUGUCCACAGACUUUGAGCAUGCGAUUGAAGUGGGGGCCACCAACGUGCGUGUGGGCAGCACCAUCUUUGGUAACCGGGAGUACCCCAGCACGCCCAGCCCUGAGAGGAGGCCCAAGCCUCUGACGGAGGAGGCCGCUCAGAGACUGGAGUGUCUGACAGUGACCGGGAAGUGACCCUCCCCCGGCUCUCCUCCCCCUCUCCAUGCCUUCCCCCCCUCCACACCCCCCCCCCUCUCUCUCCCUGACUCUCC